CCGCCUCCUCCUCCACCGCCGCCGCUUCUGUUCAGAAUAUAAGAAGCUAAAGUCAACCAUAAAAUGGAGAAUGCUAAUGGAGUAGUAGAUUGGAAUGUUGACAUUAUUGGCCCAGAUGGGGGUAGCACUUGCAGCGAAUUAGCAAAAACUGAAGACCCCGAUGCCACAGAGUGUUCAAGUUCCUUUGGGGACACACUAUCUGGAUCUGAGGAUGACGCAAAGCCUUCAGAGAUUAGUGACAUUGAAGUAGACUCACCAUUCUGCCGCUAUCCUCAUAAUGGUGAUGCUGCUUCACUCUUGGAUGCAGCUGCCGCUGAGAAUUUGGAUAGAUUAUUGAAGAAGAAAAAGGUAACUGAUCAUUGGAGAAACUAUAUCAGCCCAUUGAUGUGGCGAUGUCAAUGGUUAGAGCUGCGGAUGAAGGAUUUGCAAUCUCAAGUAUCCAGAUAUGACAGGGAGCUUGCAGUACUUAAACAUGAGAAAGAGUUACAAACAAAAAUGAUUGAGUUGGACUGUUCUUCAUCGAGAUCGGUGCCCUUCUCUUCUCAUUGCUGCAGGAAGACUAUGAAGAGGAAGAGGAGAAACAGAAACGAGGAAAACAAUAAUGCUGCCUCAUACAUCUCGACCCACACCAUUUUAUCUUAUUAUGAAAAAGAAAAGGAGAAAACAGAAGGGGAUGGCCAUUCUGUUGACGUCGAUGGAAACUUAGCAGAUGACAGCACAAAAGGAAACAACGAUGCUGACUGGCUACUUGGUAACGGAGAUGAUGCUACUGUCGAGCAGAUUCUUUUAAGCAUUCAAUCUGUUCAAGACAGAGUCUCUAGUCUGAGAUCAAUUCUCAAGAAAGAAAUGGCCAAGAAGAGCACCGGGCUUGUCCUUAAAGUCAACACACGGGUCAACGGCGCACAGAGCUCAAAUUGCUCACAAGGAAAAGGCAAAGUUGAAAUGCGUGAAAUAUCACAUCAGGACCCGUCGGAUUGUGAUAUGGAUGAUACAGACAUGCCCGAUAGUGCUGUCUCAAGCUAUGGAGAAGCUAACAAUAUGGAUAUUUUUGAGAGCACCAUGAAUCUAUUGUCAGCUGAAGAUCCAGAUAAAAUUGGUGAACUGCACCAGAGUUCUGAAGACGUAUUGAUCAACAACCAACCAGCAGAGGAAGCAUACCAAAACUUUGAGGUAAUCAGCCAUCCGUCCCAGCGACUACGGGUAUCAGUCAAGAGAGAACCGGUAUGUGUCAAGAGAGAAGCUGUUGCGUAUUCCGAGGAUGAGAGUGUCGCCGCCCCCACAGCAGCCAUCGUCAAGGAAGAAGGUACAACCAGCUUCGGUCUUCAGGGGAUUCUGAAGCCCUGCUACACAGGCAAGCGAAAAGGGAGGAAGCCAAAAAUGCAAAGGUACGGUGGCUCAUCAUCAUCCGCGCUCAGCUCAUGGAGGAGCGCUCGGACUCGGAAAAAGAGGAAACUUUAGGUGCAUACCAUCUCAGGAAGAGCACACCUUAUCCUCUGGCUUCGUAUCUUCGCUUUAAUUAGAUGAUGAUGACGGCAACUGUGUGGUUUUUUUUUCCUUUCUUUCUUUCUACCUGUUGAAAGCGAUGCCAGUAGAGGGAGGUGGGUAAUGGCGCCAUGGCUUUCAGCCACGAAGUGCUUGUAACUUAGUAAGGUCUGUUUCCGUUUCAACUGUUGUUGUUCCAUUGUGGUCUUUUCCUGGAAGAGUCGAACCGAGUUAAUACAUUGUAACUUCUGGUAAGAAGUUCUUGCUACGUUGCUUA